UAUGGACCAACACCUCGCAGUGUUUAACAAAGAAUGAAACAUCACUGUUAAGGAGCUUGAUUAGUGCUGCAAUUCAAAAUGAAUAUGACUUCAAAGUUUGCAAUAUUGAUACAAAUAAAACACACAAAAAUAUGAACUGCUACAAUGUUUCUCGACCUCAGAGUUCUUUGUGUGUUCAAUCUUGUAAAGUCACAGAAAGAAGUGUAAUGAUUGGGCACUGCUGUAUGCAAUGUCAGCCCUGCUCAGGAGGGACUUUCAGCAAUGGAACAGACUGCCUGCCUCUCACUAUUGUCCCUGACAUUUUGAUCCACAUUCUGUCCCCGUUGGGCAUCUUCCUGUGUGUGGGGUCUCUGGCAGUUUUUCUAGCACAUGCUAAGACUCCCAUUGUGAAAAUGUCUGGAGGGAACAUCUUCUACUGCUACUUGGCUGGUCUCGUCAUUGCUUUCUCCAGUGCCUUCCUGUUUGCUGUGACCCCAACAAAUAACACAUGUCUGAUAGGCCUGCCUCUAUCAGCUAUGGGGUUCUCUGUCUGCCUCUCCAGUAUUCUUGCCAGGUCCUGCAGAAUUUUGAUUGCCUUUGCCAACAAAGCUGAAAGACCAAACAAGUUUCAGCUUCACUUCUAUAUUAUCAUCAUCACAGUGGGUACUCUGGGAGAGGUAACCAUUUGCCUGGCAUGGAUGCUAAAGGAUCCCCUUUACUUCACCUAUUUGCCCCAAGCAAAGCAAUAUACCAACAUGGCCUGUGACUGCAACAACAAGUACUGGUACUACAUUUCUUUUGGCUACCUCGGGCUCCUUUGUUUGGCUACUUGGGGGUUAGCCAUCAAGAGUAAUGCUCUUCCUCCUGCUUUCAGUGAGUCUCAGUCCAUCUCAUUCAGCAUGUUGAUCUUCCUUUCUAUCUGGGGCUGCACAAUUCUCAUAAUCAUGAGUGAUAUCAAAGACCUGCAGACAGUGAUACUUGGGGUGUCCAUCACAUUGUCUGCUUGGGGUAUUCUUGGUUGCAUCACUCUGCCCAAGGUCUUUGUCAUCCUUUUCAGGCCAGAAAGAAACAGUCAACAGUGGAUAAGACACAUCACUUAUGAGUACUGUCGCCAUGUCGCUUAUAAGGCUGGUAUGAAUUUGGAGACGCAGCAUUCCACUGUUUCGACUUCAGCAACCAGCAUGUCAUCUGUCACUUCAUGAAACAGCAACUGCCAUUUAAAAAACACAAUUUCUUUUGUCAAGAGUUACUGCCUAUGUACAAUUUGAAAAAUGUGCAUAUGGGAUUUCACUGGAUUAUCUCCAUCCAUCCAUUUUCCAACCCGCUGAAUUCGAACACAGGGUCACGGGGGU